UGCUGUCUAAAAACAGAGGAAAAAAAUGGCACUUUUGGUUGUCUUUUUGUUCUUCGUUUUAGUAGCUCAUGUGUCAGCCCUUGAUGCUUGCCCUAAAUGUGGCAGCAUGGAAGUUCCAUACCCUCUGAGCACUGAUCCAAACUGUGGAGACUCUAGAUACAGAGUCUACUGCAACAAUGAUGCUCUAGAGUUCUUGUCAGCUGGAGGGUUCUUCUACAAGAUCCUUAGCGUUAAUCCCACUUCUUACAAGCUUGUCAUAAGCCCUCCCCUGAUUAUAGAGAACACAUGUUCCUCUUCUGAUCUCAUUUUAGGAGGUUUAAGGCUUGAUGAGAACUUACCCUUCAACAUAUCCAAGAGAAACACUGUCAUGUUGCUAAACUGCUCUGAGAACAUCCUCCUCUCGCCGUUAAACUGCUCUGCUUACAGCUUUUGUAGGCAGUUUGAGGACGCAGAUGAGGGAAGGGGUUGCAAAGGUAAACUUUGUUGCCACUUCUUGAAAGAUGCAUCCAUGACCUCACAUCAGAUUAGGGUUAGGGUUGGGGGUUGUACUGCCUAUACUUCUGUUGUGGAUAUAAAGCCGGAUGAUCCAGUUGAUUCAUGGAACUAUGGCAUUGAGCUUCAAUGGUUGCCUCCAAAUUGAAUUUAGCUGGUCUUCAUCAAAAGCUGUUGGUUCUGCAUGUUUUGUGUGUUUUACGUUUCUAUAUAUGUUUUCAGCCAGACCCGCUAUUAGCACCUAAGGUAUUAUUUUUUUUUAUAAUCAAUAUUCUCUAGAAUU